CGUAAAACUCCACAUUCGAGUCGGAAAAGUCAAGGUGAAUUGAGCGCCAAAUUGCAGCCGAGAUUGCGAAUUAAACACCCCGCUGGUAAAUCAACCCUUGGACAGUUUUUGGGUCGUCGGUUCAUCGAACUUCCGCCAGAUACACAGGGAAGCUAAAAGGAAGGAAAGGAAAAAUGCCAGAUAUUCCCUUUGUCUUGAACCUGGUCCCGGACUCCAUGUACUAUGGCCACGACAUGUUCCCGAAUCGCCUGUACAGGCGAAUGCAUUCCCGGCAGCAUCAUGACCUGGACUUGCACACCCUGGGCAUGAUCGCCCGGAUGGGGGCACAUGCCCAUCACCUGGUGGCCAAUAAAAGGAGCGGAGAGCUGGCCGCCUUGGGCAGAAGUGGAGCACCGAAUAAGCAGGGCAACUUUGAGGUCCACCUGGAUGUGGGACUCUUUCAGCCGGGGGAAAUCACAGUCAAACUGAUCAACGAGUGCAUCGUGGUCGAGGGAAAGCAUGAGGAGCGGGAGGAUGACCAUGGGCAUGUCUCGCGGCACUUCGUUCGCCGCUAUCCGCUGCCCAAGGAGUUCGACUCGGAUGCCAUUGCCUCCACUUUGUCGGAGGACGGGGUUCUCAACAUAACAGUUCCUCCGCUAGUUUCCAAGGAGGAGCCCAAGGAGCGGGUCAUCCCCAUCAAGCAUGUGGGUCCAUCGGAUCUCUUUCAGAAUGGCAACGGUCACAAGGAGCCAGCUGCUCCAGCUUCCGCAGCAGCUCCGGAAGCCAAGUGAAGAGCCCCCAAAGGUAGCAGCUUCGGCAGCCUAGUGAUUCCCCAAGACUCUUGUUUAUCGUUGCACCCAAAAAGUCAUCAAAAUUAAGCACGCAUCGUACUAUAUUUAUUCAUUUACUAAUAGCUACAUUUUAAAUGUCCAAUUAAAUUUUAAGACUAAUCGAAAUCCAGUAUUAAUAAAGGAAUAUGAAUGUCUCAGUUA